UAACAAUGUCAAAGACGCGUUUUUGCUGGCAGCUGGGUGGAAAUGUGGAUGUACAAGUUUAAGUAAUUUUUGUAAUGGUCCUUCAAGAUCUUGUUCUGCAGUAAUUAUCAGAUUUGGAAGCCAAACUUGUGCUGUUAAGUGCUUCACGUUUCUGUUCGAUUUGAAGUGCGCUGCUCAAGUUUACAAUAGCAUCAGCAAGUUACCAUGGAGUAUAUGCAAGGACCUGUUACCUGCAGUCAGGGGAACAUCCUGUGUUGCCAGUGUGGCAUUCCUAUCCCACCAAAUCCUGCAAAUAUGUGUGUAGCAUGCUUAAGAACUCAGGUUGACAUCACCGAAGGCAUACCAAAACAAGUUACAAUCCAGUUCUGCAAACAGUGUGAAAGAUACCUUCAGCCACCAGACUUGUGGGUGCAGUGCAGUCUGGAGUCCAGAGAGCUGUUAGCAUUUUGUCUGAAAAAAAUGAAAAGUUCACUGAGCAAGGUGCGAUUGAUUGAUGCAGGCUUUGUUUGGACUGAACCUCAUUCCAAAAGAAUAAAAUUGAAGCUGACAAUACAGAAAGAGGUAAUGAAUGGAGCAAUCCUUCAGCAAGUAUUUGUUGUGGAAUUUGUCGUUCAGUCACAAAUGUGUGGUGAUUGCCACAGAGUUGAAGCCAAGGAUUUUUGGAAGGCUGUUGUGCAAGUAAGGCAAAAGACUUUGCACAAAAAAACUUUCUUUUACUUGGAACAGCUGAUUUUGAAGCAUGGGUUGCAUAACAACACACUCCGCGUCAAGGAGAUCCAUGAGGGGCUUGACUUUUACUAUGCUUCUAAGCAACAUGCCCAAAAGAUGGUAGACUUCCUUCAGUGUACAGUUCCAUGCAGAUGCAAAGCCUCACAGCGUCUGAUCUCUCAUGAUGUUCACAGCAACACUUAUAAUUACAAAAGUACCUUUUCUGUUGAAAUUGUUCCAGUGUGCAAGGACAGUAUUGUGUGUUUGCCACAAAGACUGGCGCAGAGCUUGGGCAACAUGAGUCAGAUUUGUGUGUGCCUUCGAGUGACUAGUACCAUCCAUCUCAUUGACCCUCGGACAUUACAGAUUGCUGAAGUUGAUGGUAGUACAUACUGGCGUUACCCUUUCAACAGUCUGUACCUUCCACGGCAGUUGGAAGAGUUCAUUGUGAUGGACAUUGACUACGUCAGAGACGUGAAGCAGGAUGCAGGGUCUGGCAUGAGAUCCAAUAAGCAUACAUUGGCUGAUGUCUGGGUACAGAAAACCUCAGAGAUGGAUACAAGUCAACAGUAUCACUGUCGCACACACCUGGGACAUCUGCUUAGUCAUGGAGACUUAGUUUUAGGGUUUGACCUUGCCAAUUCUAAUCUAAAUGAUGAACAUGUGAACAAGAUGAAUCCUCAUCAUAUCCCAGAUGUGGUGUUGAUCAAGAAAAGUUAUGAUCGAAACAGGAGACAUCAUAGGAGAAACUGGAAACUCAAACAGCUGGAAAGGGAAAAAGAAGUCAUGGAAUCAGACGAUGAAAGGCAAUACUUGGAGUUCCUCGAGGAUCUUGAAGAUGAUGAGACUAUUAGAAAAAAUGUUAAUAUUUACAGAGAUGCAUCUAAGAUACCAGUUGAAAGUGACACUGAUGAUGAUGGUGCCCCACGGAUAAGCUUGACUGAGAUGCUGGAAGAUUUGCAUAUUGCAGCAGAUGCAACUGGUGGGGAAGGCACUAGUAUGAUGACAGAAUGAUGAACAUAGUAUGCACUUUUGCACAAGUACCUACUGGGUGUUUUAACAACUGAAAUGAAUGCACAGUCAGUGCAACUCUGUAGUGCCUACAGGGUAUUUUAACAACUAAACUGAAUGCAUACUCAGUACAACUCUGUAAAGCAGUGUUUAUUUUCUGUAAAAGAUGCAUUUAAUAAAUAUGGAUUUAUAAAUCUA